AUGAUGCUAAAAAACAUUAUUACAACUGCUGCUACUGCACUUGCAGCCAGCAGUUUGGCCUCUGCUGCGGAUCUACCAGCCAUUGAAGUCGUUGGUAACAAGUUUUUCUACUCAAACAACGGCUCCCAGUUCUACAUUAAAGGUAUCGCCUACCAGGCGGACACUGCGAACGCUACCGGUGGCUCGACAAUUAACGACCCAUUGGCAGACUUCGAGAGUUGUUCAAGAGAUAUCCCAUACUUGCAACAGUUGUCCACGAACGUUAUUCGUGUCUACGCUGUCAACACCUCUUUGGAUCACUCUCAAUGUAUGAAUGCUUUGAACGACGCCGGUAUUUACGUCAUUGCCGAUUUGUCGUCCCCCAAAUUGUCCGUUAACAGAAAGUCCCCCUCGUGGACUUUGGACCUAUACAACCGUUACACAUCCGUGGUCGACAUGUUCGCCAACUACACAAACGUCCUAGGUUUUUUCGCCGGUAACGAAGUCACCAACGACGAAACGAACACAGACGCUUCCACUUUCGUCAAAGCUGCUCUAAGAGACACCAAGAGUUACAUCAAGGAGAAAAACUACAGAAGCAUCCCUGUCGGCUACUCCUCUAACGAUAACGAGGAGACUAGAGUCGCUCUUGCUGACUACUUUGCCUGUGGUGACUCCGAUGAAAGUGCCGAUUUCUACGGUAUAAACAUGUACGAAUGGUGUGGUACUUCCACUUUCCAAAGAUCCGGUUACGCUGAUAGAACUGCUGAUUUCAAAAAUUUGACCAUCCCAAUUUUCUUCUCUGAGUACGGUUGUAACGAGGUUACACCAAGACAGUUCACUGAAGUGGAAACUUUGUACGGGUCAGACAUGACCGACGUCUGGUCCGGUGGUAUUGUCUACAUGUACUUCGAAGAGACUAACAAGUACGGGCUUGUGAGCAUCGACGGGUCCGAUGUCAAGACUUUGGACGACUUCAACAACUACUCCAGCGAGAUUCACAAGGUCACUCCAACCUCCGCCAACACCGCCUCUUAUACCCCAUCGUCAACAAGCAUGCAGUGUCCAGCCACCGGUAAGAACUGGGCCGCUGCCACUAACCUGCCUCCAACUCCAAACGAGGACUUGUGUUCAUGUAUGAGCGCUGCGAAUUCGUGUGUUGUUGCCAGCGACGUCUCCGAGGAUGACUACGAGGACUUGUUCAACUACGUCUGUAGCAAAGUCUCCUGUGCUGGUAUCAGUGCCAACGGUACCACCGGAGAAUACGGUGCUUACUCCUUCUGCUCCUCUAAGGAACAAUUAUCUUUCGUGUUGAACUUGUACUACCAAUCUCAAGGUGGUUCCAAGUCCGACUGUGACUUCAGCGGUUCUGCGAGUCUACAAUCUGCUACUACGCAAGGUUCAUGUGCCACUGCUUUAAGGGAAAUUGGUACCGCCGGUACUGGUACUGCCAGUAACUCUGCCUCCUUCCGUGGUAGGAGUUCAUCCGGUUCCGGUUCCGGUUCUGCCUCUGCCUCUGCCUCUGCCUCUGCUAGCUCCUCUCGCAGCAGCAAUAGCAGGUCUUCCAGUGGCGACAAUUCGAGCUCCUCUGGUUCCGGUUCUGCAUCUGCCUCCGCCUCCAGUACCAGCAGAAAAUCGGGCGCCGCGUCCUCUUCGUCAAGGGCUAACUUGGCUCAAGUUAUUUUGACCUCGCUAGCUUCGAUCUCAUUCGUCGCUGGUGUUGGUUUCGCCUUGGUGUAA